AUGGAGCCGUAUGCUAAAGACAACAACGGGCAACCAGCCAAUGCCAUCAACGGCGCCAUUUCUGGUCUAUUCUUCUCGGCAAGGUUGUUUAAUGGUGUUAUGUCGGGGACGAGUCCGUUUGGUGACCGCCGGUUUCGGAUCGAAGCCCCGUUUUUGUUGGACGACUCGAAACACACGAUGUAUUUCGCGGAUUUUUACUGCAACACUGCGCUGCACUACGUUACAAUCGUCGUCUGCAUUCGAGAUUCUCCAACUGACAUCUAUUGCUCGACGCGCCUAAUCCGCUUGAAUCCGGCUACCAACCCAUUUAUCCGAUACUACCCGCCAAGCAAGAAUCUACCCGACGGCGGCCAGGAAUACUUGUCAACAAGGUUUUUGGUUUAUGAAGUGUUUUACGCUGGUUCCGUGGAUAUCAAUCGGCGGCCGCUGGACCCAAUCCAAGCGACUGGAAUGGGUACAUCGCGGAUAGGAGGACUUCCAAAUAAUAAGUACUGCGAAAUUUGCAACCUCUACCCGGUCGCGAAGCCCGGAUCGGCGACUGAGAAGGGAUCCGAGGAGUGCCACUACACUGACCCAAGGGAAUCUACGAUCGUUCUGUGCAACUCACUCACAGAUGUCAAGAAAGAGCUCGGAGAUUUGUGGCCGGAUGCGGUGGACACCGUCUGUCAUUUGGUCAACCAGACGUGUGAGAUGAUGGAGAACGAUUUCGGUGUGGCUGAUGCGCAACAACGCUCUGCAGAACGAAUGGACAACGCCAUGGCGGUGCUACAGCGCGAGAUUGAGAAAUGUCAGGAUGUUGAAAUCCUUGCAUUUGCUGAAGAUCUUCGACAAGUUGUUAGUAGCUUCAAGAUGCAGCGAAAGGUGGUGAUGGAUCUUCUCAACAAAAAGAGCCAAGAGAUUGACGGAGCUGGCUAUGGGGUUUUUGCGAACGAGGUUCAUCUACCAGAAUCCCUGAUGAUCCGAAUGCCGCAUAGCGUUUUGCUGACUGCCGGAUCGAUCGCCGAUAUGCCGAAAUACAAGAAGAUGCUUGACGAUUUUAGCCAAAAGAUGGCGCCAUUCGAGAUUCUGACGUUGUUCUUCUGCCUCGAAGAGUCAAGCUCUUCAAAAUACGGACCGUAUUUGGAUGUUUUACCCAAGAAAUUCGACACCCCAGCCGCAGAUGGAAUUCAAUUGCUCGUCGCUUUGGCCAUGAAAGCAGGCGUUGAAGUCUCGGAUCGACAUGUGAAGGCGCUAGAAGAAGCCGCGCAACCCAGUACGAUCUACGCUUCUGACGAGGGCCCCAGCUGGUCGCUGCGCACGAAUAUGCAGAUUCUGUUGAUGCCAAAGGCCGAGCUCAAAAAGUGGAAGGACUACGUGUACGCGGAAGACAAUAGAAGACGGAGACUUCGGACACGAUAUCAAGAAAAGGAUAGCGACGACGAGGAUGAGCAGAAAGACAAUGAAGACUCCAAAAGGGAACGACGUGAACGGGAGGCGCUUCGGAAGAUGCUUGUCGAGUUGGCGAUGUCG